GUUUCUGUGAUGAUGACUCUCAAAUCCCAAUGGUUUAGCUUUAUAUAUACUCUUCUACGUUUUAUAAAACUCGCCCUUCUACGGCUUCUUGUAUCAUUUGAAUUUUCCGUUAUGAGUUCUUCUUUCUCUUCUUCUGCUUCAACCUCUUUCCAGCUAACCCCUUCUUUUAUCAUUAAUGCCAAUGCUGCUUCUUCUCCAUCCUCAACCUCUUCCCAGCAAAUCCCUUCCGAGCUAAAUAACUAUGAAGUUUUUAUUAAUUUCAGAGGCAAAGACAUCCGCGAUGGUUUUCUCUCCUUUCUCUUUGAAUCUUUGAAGGAAAAAGGAAUCAAUACCUUCAAGGAUGAAAACCUUAAAAAAGGAACUGAAAUAACACCAGCCCUCAAGCAAACAAUUCAAGAAUCAUGUAUUUCAAUUGUCAUAUUCUCCAAAAACUACGCAGAUUCUCCAUGGUGCUUGGACGAACUUGUUGUGAUAAAUAAAUGCAGAGAAAAGGGAGGACAAAUGGUUUUACCAGUUUUUUACCGUGUAGAUCCAACUGAUGUUCAAGAGCUGAGAGGGCCUUUUACAAAGGCACUUGCUAGGCUUUUACAAGAUCACAGCGAUAGAUCACACAACCUGGGUGGAUGGUGCCAUGCUCUGAAGACAAUCAGCAACGAUUUAGGUGCUUUUGUUUCCAAUGAGAUCAAGAAUGACCAAAUGCUAGUUCAAAGAAUCGUCAAUCGUGUUUCAGAGAUAUUAAGUCAUAUGCCAUCAAAUGCUAGUUACCAUGAGAAGUUAGUUGGAAUUGAUUCGCGUGUCGAGGAAGUAAUAUCGUUAUUGCGUGUCGAGGAAGUAAUAUCGUUAUUGGAUAUUGAUGUAAAUGACAGAAAUUGGAUAAUAGGAAUUUGGGGAAUGGCUGGUAUUGGAAAGACAACGCUUGCUGGUAUAGUGUUUUCCCAAAUCAAGGCUAAAUUUGAUGCCCACUGCUUUGUUUCAAAUGUCAAGCAACAGAUAAAGAAGGAAACAGCAAUUGUUUUACGGGAUAGAAUCAUUCGUUCACUAACGGGAGAGGAAAGUUUGAAAAUGGGCUCACAACUUUUAGUUUUAGAUGACUGGAUUCUGAGGAGGCUUCAGCGUAAGAAAGUUCUUAUUGUUUUUGAUGACGUUGAUGAUUCACACGAUUUAGAUCUUCUAGCUGGAAACUGUAGUUUGUACCGUAAGGGAAGUAGAAUCAUUAUAACUAGUACAGAUAGACAAGUACUUAAAAAUGUUUGUCAUGAAGAACAUAUUUGUCAGGUUAAGGGAUUAAUUUAUGAGGAAGCUCUUCAACUAUUUAGCUUGCACGCUUUCCAUCAAAAUGAACCGAAAGAAGGAUAUGUUCUGCUAUCCCAGCAGGUGAGAAGUUAUGCUCAAGGCAAUCCCUUAGCACUAAAAGUUUUAGGCUCCAGCCUUUAUGGCAAGGAGAAAGAGUACUGGGAGAGCCAAUUGCUCAAAUUGAAAAGCAUCCCGAACAAGAGAAUUCAAGAUGUUCUAAAAAUAAGUUAUGAUGGGUUAGAUAGAAAUGAGCAGAGCAUAUUUCUGGAUAUCGCAUGUUUCUUUGGAAAAGGAGAUACACAUGAAAAUAAGCUUGAAAAAAUAAUAGAAAGAAAUGAGGAAUGCAAACAGCCUGGAGGACGUAGUAGGUUGUGGAAUCCUGACGACAUUUCUCAUGUAUUCAAAACAAAUACAGGAACUGAUAAGAUUGAGUGCAUUUCGCUUAAGAUGUUCAUUAUUGAAGCUUUUGAGAUAAGUUCCAAAACUUUCAUGAAGAUGCCUAAUCUUAGAUUCCUCAUAAUCUUUGUUUCCAAAAUGAUUUUGCCUGAUGGCCUUGAUUUUCUUCCAGAAGAGCUAAGAUAUUUAGAUUGGUACAGUUACCCUUUGAAAUCAUUGCCGUUGAAGUUUUGCCCAAAUAAUCUUGUGCAACUUCACUUGCAUGACUCAAACAACUGUGGGAUGGAGAUAAUAAUAAGCCUUUUAGAAAGUUUGAAAGUUAUGGACCUGCCCAGCUCUCUGUCCUUUAUUGAGAAUUUCGGACCCAUUUCAAGCCCCAAACUGAGAUUUUGCCAAGUUCCUUCAGUUAGAAUAAUCUUCUUGAUUCUUGAUCUUCGAGGUUGCAGUAAACUUGAAGAAUGUCCAGAGCUUCCUUGCAAUUUAUUGGAUUUAAAUUUAAGUGAAACUGCAAUAAAACAAUUGCCUUCAUCAAUUGGACAUUGCUCUCAACUUGUUGCAUUACCGUUGAGCGGGUGUACAAAGCUUGAAAAUCUUCCAGAUUGCAUUGGCCAGUUAAAAUCUCUGAAGCAACUUGACGCAAGAAGAAGUGGCAUAAAAACAUUACCAUCCUCUUUCAAUCAAUUGAGCCGAUUGGAAUGUUUAUAUUUUGAGGGAUGUAAAGGUUUGACGGUAUGGUCUUCUUCGUUGUCCAGUUUGAAUAGCCUACGGAAGCUUUAUCUGGGUAACUGUGGUAUAUCAGAAAUUCCAGAGAGUAUUGGAUCAUUAGUUUCAUUAAAAGAGUUAUAUUUGGACAGAAACGGUUUCGAAAGCAUUCCUGCAAGCAUCAAACAACUUUCUAACUUGGAGAUUCUUAAGUUGGAUGAUUGUAAGAGGCUUAGAUAUUUGCCAGAGCUUCCAUGCACAAAGUUAUUUUCUGCAUCAAAUUGCACCUCUUUAGAAUUUGUAUCAUUUUCGUCCUUUUGCAAAGCAGAAACAGAAGAUGACCGGUACGCUUUUCUUAAUUUUGGUAACUGCAUCAAAUUGGGUGAUACUGUACGUCUUCAAAUUACGGAAGCCUUGUUCUCAGCACAGCAAGGCCGGGACGACCAUAAUUUAUGUUUCCCUGAGGUGGAAGUGCCGCAAAGUAUGAAAUAUCGAACAAGUGGGUCUCAUCUUUCAAUUCAGUUGGAAAGGCCUGAUCGUAUGUUGGGUUUUUAUAUUGCAGCUGUUUUUGAUUUCCAAUAUGUUGAUUUUGAUGUAUAUGACAUUACUAUUGUUGGGAACUUCCAAGAUAAAGCUGGAAAAAUGUAUGACUGUAACUUUUUUUUUCGAAAUUUGGGGCUUCUUAAGUUAGAUUCAAAACAUGUGUUCCUUAGGUAUAUGUCUUCGAAGCAUGAAAUAAAUUUCAUUCGAGUCUCAUUCCGGCUUGAUCAUAUAUCUGUAAAGCGUGGCGGAAAAGCUGAAUUCAUUAGUAGGAGGGUGAUCAAUUGUGGCAUUCAUCCUAUAUAUCGGGAAGAAUAUAGGAAAGCGGAAAGAAGGAAUGAAAGAAGGAAAGAACUGGACAAGGAUAUAGUACAGGCGGCAAACACUGAAUUAUGGGAGAAGAAUUCAAGACAAAGACUCUAUUAAUGUCAAUUAGUAUGGCAAAUGGAAAUUGACAAUAGGUAAAGGAAUUUCGUGUGUUUUACUUUGGGAUUUUAGUUGACUUCAGUUUUCAAUUCACACAAUCACAGUAGUGGUGAGAAUCAGCUUAUUAUUGGCUGUUA